CUCUGCGUUGGCGCGUGCAUGAGUUCUUCCCUUUCUCUCUCUUACACAUCGCAAUCUCCCUCUAUUUCCGUCAACUCCAUAGCUUCUUCGGUGCUCUCUCACCCUUUUCUUCAAUACUCACUUAAGGUUUUAUCUUCUAAGCUUUAGGUUCUUCACAUAACCCCCUCAAAAACCUAAAACCUCUUCAGUGGAAUUAGAAUCAGAUAUUUCUGUUAGGGUUUUCAACUUCCAAUCCGCAUCCAUGGGAGACUGGCAACCCCUUCUCCAAUCCAUUUUCAUCGGUCUCAUUUUUUCUUACCUUCUUGCCAAGCUCAUCUCCGUUGUUGUCUCCUUCAACAACGACAACCUAACCGUCACGCGCGCCUCCGCCGAAGAAGAUGACAGCAAUCCUAUACGGACCGCCACGGGACCCGACCGAGGCGGCGGCGUCUCCGAAGCAAGUAACAAUCGCUUUGAGCAGGAGUCUGUCAUGGCGGAGCAGGGAAGUGUGAGGGCCGAGAGUUUGGACGGCGACGACGACUACGACGAUGACGAUUGGGAAGGUGUGGAGACCACCGAGCUCGACGAGGCGUUCAGCGCCGCCACAGCGUUCGUGGCUGCCGCCGCCGCCGAUCGGUUGUCGCAGAAGGUGUCGAGCGACGUGCAGCUACAGCUCUAUGGGCUGUACAAGAUCGCCACUGAAGGUCCCUGUAGCACGCCGCAGCCUUCGGCGUUGAAGAUGACAGCACGUGCCAAAUGGCAAGCGUGGCAGAAAUUGGGAGCUAUGCCUCCUGAGGAUGCAAUGCAGAAGUACAUUGAUAUUGUGACAGAGCUAUAUCCUUCUUGGCUUGAUGGUUCAUCUUUGCGGAGCAAGAGUUACGGUGGUGGUGGCUCUAGUUCAGAGGCUAAGGGACCAAUGGGGCCAGUAUUUAGCACUUAUGUAUAUGAAGAGGAAUAUGGCAGUGACUUGACAAUGGAUGCCAUUCAUGGAUUUGCUAGAGAAGGAGAUAUGGCUAAUCUGCUCAAGUGUAUAGAAAGUGGUAUUUCAGUGAAUUUGAAGGACAGUGAGGGCCGGACACCAUUACAUUGGGCCGUGGACCGUGGCCACCGUAAUGUCACAGAGCUGCUGCUUGAGAGGAAUGCUGAUGUGAAUUGCAAGGAUAAUGAGGGACAAACUCCGUUGCAUUACGCUGUUAUGUGUGAUAGAGAAGCCAUAGCUGAGUAUUUAGUGAAGCAUAAUGCAGACACAAAUUUAAAGGAUAAUGAUGGCAGUUCCCCGCAUGACAUCUGUGAGUCAAACUGGUCGUGUUUGCAGCAACUGGGGGAACCAAAUUGAUUGUUAGUUUGGUUCUUGGUGCUUUUGGCUAAUAUACUAUAACCUUACCCAAAUCCCUUUUGGGGAUGUACGUGUCUAUAUUAACUCAAUUUUUCUUUUCCUUCUUCCUUUUAGUAUAUAUACACCCUUUUAGACCCGCCAAUAUACUGCUUAGGUAAUGGUUAAUCAAGCGUAUGUGUUUUAUUAUUGCUUCAUCUGAUUAACACCUGAUUGGUCCCUUCUAUUGACGAGGACUCCUUAUUUUGCCCUUAUUUACUUAUAUUUGAUGGAGAAUUAUAAUAUUCAUCAAAAGUAUAGAGUAACAAGGAAAUGAAUCACUCCUAAGUACUAACUAA